GGAAACAUCAGUACAAGGUGUAUUGUGGAGCUGUACCAGACACAGUCCUCAGCCAAGCAACCUGACGGUGGAUACAAAGAAUUCUUUUAUUUUUUCAAAAGAGAAAGGUCCUGAGUUGAGACCUAAAGAGUUUACUUGAGGUGAUGGGCAGUGCUGGUCGGCGACUGACAAUGCUGCAGCAGAACCGAACUGCCUUCGAGGGUGCAAUACUGACCAACCUGGAGAAACCCAGUCACCCAAAGGGCCUCGAGUGGACCGUAGUGGAACCAUCCAGUAACCCCUCAACCCCUGAACGGACACUGCCUGUCUACUUGUCCUACUUCGACAUGUUGCUAACUGAAGACUGUGCGUGGCUAUCUAAGGGGCUGGUGGAGCGUCCGGAGAUUGACCAUGGUUUGAAGACUGAGCCACACAAAGAGCCAGACCAAUGCCCCAUAGUGGACAGUCAGGAGCUGUGUGUGCCCACAGAGCUGGACUAUCAGAACAGUGUCCACUUAGAAGAAAGAUCCCUAGAACAGGUCCAAACGAUGGUGGUUGGAGAAGUUCUGAAGGAGAUAGAAACAGCCUGUAAGCUACUAAACAUUGCAGCAGACCCGAUAGAGUGGAGUGUGGGGAACGUUCAGAAAUGGAUUUUAUGGACUGAACAUCAGUACCGACUGCCACAAAUUGGGAAAUCUUUCCAGGAGCUCAGUGGGAAGGACCUAUGCUCCAUGUCAGAGGAGGAGUUCAGACAGAGAUCGCCGAUAUGCGGUGAUAUUUUGUACGCACACCUGGACAUCUGGAAAUCUGCUGCCUGGAUGAAAGAGAAGUCAUCACCUGGAGAUAACAGAUAUAAUGCUAAUAUGCUGCUCUCAACAUCUGAACAUUCCAUCGGCAGUGAUGAAGGGUGGAUGAACACAGAGGCAGACUCCUCCUGCUCUGGACAACCAAUUCAUCUUUGGCAAUUUCUGAAGGAACUCUUGCUGAAGCCACACAACUACGGUCGAUUCAUCCGCUGGCUGAAUAAAGAGAAAGGUAUAUUUAAGAUUGAAGAUUCUGCACAUGUUGCCAGGUUAUGGGGAAUCCGGAAGAACCGGCCAGCAAUGAACUAUGACAAGCUAAGCCGUUCUAUCCGGCAAUAUUAUAAAAAGGGGAUCAUCCGGAAGCCCGACGUAUCACAGCGCUUGGUGUACCAGUUUGUACACCCUGUAUGAGGAGAGAAACAGGAGCUUCAGAGACUUGGUGAUGUUCACAUCGUAGAACAAGUGACUUAAAGGAAAUAUCCGAACAUUGAAGGCCCGAAGCCUGCCUGAAGUUUCAGGAUGUGUUUUGGAUACAUACUGCCUGCCUGCUCUGCCUGUAUUUGCAUUUCACAAACCCUUUCAGAUUGGUUUUCAAUUUUUUUUCAGUGACCAAAAUAUACAAUUUUUCGGUAGCCACCAGAUUGGGUUGGCUAUUUCUGGAAUUUGGUAGCCCACCAAAACCCUGAAGCCUUGUGAUCACAACUAAACCUUAUUUGCUUUCUCUGGUCUAUCUAAGUACUGUUCUAUGAUUUGAAAGACAGUUAUCCAAUUGACAUUUCAGUAGCCCAACUAAUGUUUCAGUAGCCUGAGACUGCACUAUGACUUUGGAUUCUGUCCAUAUUUUCUGCCUUUAAUAACGAUACUGCAUAAUUUUAAACAUAAUCUCAAUCAAGAAGAUUUGUACCAUUUUAUUGGUUAGGUAGGGUAAGGACUGGAGAUCCAGCAGGUGUGGCUGGGCAGUGGAGAGGGUCGGAAGGGAGCAAAUAGACAGAUCUCUCUUCUCACAAAAUGCCUUUAAAGAUAUACUGACAACCAAAUAUUUCACUAAUGUAGCAGCAGUGGCCUCUGGAACUAAAAUUCCGCUGAUUCAUCAUCAAAGGGAUAUAGUAGCUCAUUAUACUUAACCUAUAUUACAUCUCCCUAUUUCUAUCAAUGAAAGGCAGCAACAAUGUGUGUUGCAGAUUCUCAGUGGCCAGAACUGAUUAUGUACCCAUGCAGUUUGAAUUUAACUUUGUGUAAGCGAAUGGGUAUUGAGUGGGUUAAAAUUGAGCCUGGAGGGUCUACAGCCAUUUGGCGCAACCAGACCACGUCAGUGUUUCUGCCCCCUACAUGCACCUUCUUCCACACUAAUCAUCUAACCUUAUGAACAUAUCCUUCAAUUCCUUUCCCUCUUGUGUUCUCCAAGCUUUCCUUUAAACACACCUAUGCUAAUUACCUCAACGUUGUGAUAGUGCAUUCCACAUUCUUACCACUCUUUGAGUAAAGAACUUCUACCUAGACUUCCCGUUGGGCUAAAUUUUACAACAGCGAGAUUUUACGUUCCUGCUGUUGUCAGUGGCAUUUAUAAAGGUCCGCCACAUUUUAUGGCCCCGUCCCCGCCGAAAUGGGGCCAUAAAAUUCUGCCCAUUGAAUUUAUUUGUGAAGAUCGUAUUUAUUACACCUACUUUUGGAGUCCCCAGAUGUAGAAACAUUUUUCCACAUCUGUCUUACCACUGUAACGUUUUCCAGCCACAAAGCCUCCGAGAUAUCUGUGCUCAUCUAAUUCUGGCCUCUUGAACAUCCCUAUUGUUGUUAAACAUGUAUUCAGUUGCCUGGACCCUAAAGUCUGGAAUUUCCUCCCUAAACCUCCCAACCUCGCUAUCGUUUCUACCUCUUUGACUGAGCUUUGGCCCAUCUGCCCUAUUACUGCCUGAGGUGGCUUGACAUCAAACUUUGCAUUAUGACGUUCCUAUGUAGCACCCUUUGGAAAUUUUCUUAUAUUAAAUAUGAUACAUACAUAUAAGAUUUUAUUAUUGCCAAACCUUUUCAUAUUCUUAAAAAUCCCUAUUGUGUCCUUAGACCCCUCAGCCUCUCUGUCCCAUUCAGGCUUUUCUGACACAAGGAGUAUGUGACCUUUUCAUUCCGCUGCUCAUUCUUCCUACCUCACACUUAUCCACAUUCAAAUUAAUUGCCAAUUAUAUGGCUAUUCUGAAAGCUUAUUAACAUCUUUUGUAAUUUGUUGCAAUCUUCCUCAGAAUUAACUACAUUCUCCAAAUUGGUGCCUUUCACAAAUUUUGAAUUGUUCGUCCGAUUCCUGUGUCUAAACUGUUAAUGUAGGUUCAGAACAACAGGGGUCUUGACUCUGAGUCUCAUGGAACAGCGCUUUGUACCUUUUGCCAGUCUGGGUAUUGACUUUUAACCCCAUGUUUUCUGUUUUGUAGCUGGCUUGCUAUUCAUUCUGCUUCUUGAUUCCUGGCUCCACAAACCCUGAUCUUAGUCAUGAGCCUAUUGGAAACCAAAUAUAUUACAUUUACUACAUUACUCUUGUCUAUUCUUUCUGUUACUUCUUCAAAGCAUUCAGUAAACUUGGUUAAAUAUGACUUUCCCUUUUCUGUUGUGACUAUUAUAUCUUCUGUUUCUAGAUAUUUCUCUAUUACAUCUUUGAGUAAAGAUUCCAUUAUCUUUCCUAUCGCAUAAGUUAAGCUAAUUGGUCUAUAGUUCUGGAUCUAUUCCAUCUAUAACUGCUGAUCUAUAACUGUGCAUGUAAAAUUUGAGACACUGAUUAUCAGACUCUGCUGCUCUACAGACAUCAGGCAGUUGUCAUGUCCUGAGAUAGAGUAGCAUUCCUUACACCUGUAAAACUCCAGCAAGACUCCUAUCUGAACAAUUACCUGCUGUCAGAUAAUCACAAAGCAGCGUGGCUUUGUGAAUAUCCAUGAGCCAUCUUCUCUGCUGGAGGGAGAGGUACAAGUACGAAAAUUGGAAAAGAAUAUAUACCCAAUGAAAAAUAAUACUGUGAGCAGGCAAAUUGUAUAGAAAUAUGAAAUGAUUAAAAUGGUCAAUAGUCUAAAUUAAGUGUUGUGGACAGAUGGGGGGUUUAGUUUAGAACAGCCCUGAUUUCUCCACUCACUACUUGUACGUAAAUAGAAAGGUGUUUUUGAAUUUUGAGUUUCCCCUUUAUAAGUUGUGGCAUAUUUUCCCCAACCUUUCAGUUUUGGAGUUAUUCAAUCCUCUAUUAACAACCCCCCGCUUUUUGCAUUCAUACAAUAAAAGAGAGAUAAGGGAAAGAAAGGUUCAGGGCAAAGACCAUGAUAAAAAUAAGAAUUAUGGUUUCAUGUGAGUCCAGAGUUCAGCAAGUCAAUGUCCAAAAUAGAUUCUUUUAGGUGGCUUUGUCAGGCAGAAUUCAUGGUCUUCGUCCUAGGAACUUGGUUGCAGGUUGAAUCUGUUGAAGAUGCAGCAAAGUGUUCUUGUAUCCUGGGUAUUAGCUCACUCUGUCAGUGAAAUACAGGGUUCUUUCUGGAAAUCAGACUUGGAGAGAGAUGGAGAUCAAAGGCAGGCAGGCUUCAGAGAUUAAACAGCAACUGAAGAUAAAACUCAAAAGCUGUAUUCCUAAAUUACCUUUUAUAGUGCUGGCUACGAAAGGCUUGAUGUAGGACAGGGACACAAAAAUUAGCAUGAAAUGCUCAACUUAUCAUGUUAUUGAUGGUUUGUAUCUUAUCAUAAAGAAGGCAUGACAUGGAACUAAAACCCAACAGUGUCUGCAGGUGGAACUUGUACCACCACAACCCCCCACCAUUUUACUUGAUUAACCCAGAGAGAGUGAAAGGGCCGCAAUGGUUUAUAAAAUACCCACCGUCACCAUGUCUACUGACUAUAGGAUCGUGGGAAUGCAGGGAAAUUGUACCACAUUUGCAUUCAUGUAUGCUUGUCUCCUCUUCAGUGGAGAUCAGAUCAAUAGAGCAAGCUGCCUCCACAACUGAAUUACCAAUAAAUUAGAUUCUCUAACUGAAAAAUAACUUGAAAACAAUCAAAUCAAAACACACCAGAAAAACCUGGGAUGAUAAUAUAAACUCAUUAUUGAUUGAGAUGGAGUUUCAUGGCCUCAAGAACAUUGUGGGAAGACCUCUUGCUGUGGUCCCUGAGCACAUAUCUACUUUCAAUCGCAGCUUAGUCAAUAAUUGACCUUCACUACUUCCUCUGAAUUCUUUUAAUAGUUCACCCUUCUCUGCGUUGAUACAGUUCACUUAAAAACAAGGGCCAAGAUCACUUUUGGCUGUAUCAGUCAAUUGCACAGGGCCAUAAUAAUCUUAUUUCUACAUUCUACAUUCAUAUUUGAGUCUAAUGGAGUUUAACGUGGUUAAUAAAUUGAGUGGUUUCUGUUUGAAUUUAGCCUGAGUGGCAUUCUGAUGUCUCUAAGCUGUUCUUAGCACUUGGCAACGUUAAAUGACCCUGAGUUAAUGGGAAAAAACGAUUAAAUGGGAGAAAAUGAUGAAAGUGCUAUCAGAUCUGUAAUGGUAGUGAAAUAUAAUUUGUCUGUUACCAGCACAGACUUAGAGGUCAUUGCACUCUGUUCACUGUGGCUGGAUAUUGUGAUCAAGGUUUGUCAAAGGGAUGAUGAACUGAACAGUGUCAGGUUAAAUUGUAUAGACAUGUUGUCCACAUGCCAAUGAACUGAGUGGAGUUACUGUUCGCACUGCCAAAAUAUGGUCAAUUAUUGUUUAAAGAAACACUCACCAUUCCUCUUGUAUUUUUUUCCAUUUCAGACAUGGACACUAGAAGCUGCACACUUUUUAUUCAUGUAGUUUUAAGCAAAUAUAAUGUUUAUUGUGGCAUUUUGGAUUAGUUCAGCUCAAGGUGAUUAUCAAUUGC